AUGUCAGCAAUGAUGUUCAUCAUUAAAUUUCUCAUCGUUACCAUUUGUUUAAUCCAAAUUUGUGUUCACUCAACAUUGAACGAUGAAAUAUUCAACUCUGUAAUAUCUACCAAUCAAUUACCAUUUGAAAUGCCAUCUUUUGAUCAAGUGUUAAAUUCCAACAAGUUUGUUCUCGCUCAUUAUUUCAAACCCUUUCCACUUUCAAUUGAUAAUAAGAAUCCAUCUCAAGAUUAUUAUUCAGUUAAUUAUUUACAACCAUCAGGAGAGGGAAAUAAAUUUAUAAAACAAGGUGGUUUUUUGAGAGUGAGACCUCUUCCAAUAUUUGCACCACAAAAUGCUUCAAAUAUUUAUUGGAAAUUAACAAAUAUGGAAAAGGAAGUGAGAAUGGCAAUUGCUAGAGGUAUUAAUGGAUGGUCCUAUGAUAUUUUGAGUGUUAAGGAUAUUGGUAAUGGAACUUGUUUUUAUAAGGGGACUUUAUGUGAAUUGUCAAUCAUGUUGCAAGCUGUUAAAAAUGUUGAUUCUCAAUCAAGAUUUAAAGUAGUUUUAAUGCCAGAUAUGUCUUCUUCACUUUCACUAUCAGAUAUUGUAACAAUAGUUAAAUAUUUAUAUAAUGACACUGCCAUUUAUAGAAAUGGUUCAAAACCUGUCAUUGCACCAUUUUAUGCAGAAGGUGUUUCACCAAUUCAAUGGCAAAGUUUAUUACAAAAUUUAACAAGUGAUGGAUUUCCAAUACUUUUACUUCCAACAUUUUUAACUAUUUCUUCAAAAUAUAUUAAUGUAGAAAUGUAUGCUAAUAUUAGUAUUGGAAUGGGUGUUUGGGCAACUGUUGGAGUGCCAACACAAGGUUCUUCAUCUAUUGCAUAUGCUUCAACUGUUAGGAAUGCAAAAUCUAAUAAUUCUUUAUUAUUUUGGCUGGGAAUGAUGCCACAAACUUAUAAACCAAAAGAUUGCAUACUCUAUGAUUCGUAUAACAGUUUAGCUUAUAGAAAUGCAUGGAUGUCUACUUUACAAACAAAUGCAGAUAUUGUUCAUGUGGCAACUUGGAAUGAUUUUAGUGAAAGUGGUCAAUUACAACCAAUUACUGAUUUACAAAAUACAACAGGAAACGGAUUUUAUGAUUUAACAGCUUAUUAUGCACAUUGGUGGAGAACUGGAUUACAACCAACUAUUAUUAGAGAUGUUGUUUAUUAUUUUUAUAGAAAGGAAGCCACCAAUGCCUAUGCACCUAAUAUGGGAUGUAAUUUUACAAUGGGAAUUUCACAAAGUGUUUCAAAUCAAAUUGAAGUAUUGACCUUUACAACAGAUCAAUCAAUUUUAACAAUUAUUAUUGAGAAUUCAAAUUAUACAUUUAUGAUUAAUUCAAGUGGUAUUAAUUCUUUCUUUAUUCCAUUACAAGCUGGAAAACCAAAUAUUCAAUUAUGGAGAAAUGGAAUUAAUAUCAUUACUGUAGAAGGAAAUCAUGAAAUUUUUGCAACCAAUGUUGGAUUACCGAAUGGAGUAUUGGAUUUGACUUAUUGGAGCGGAAGUACUGCUUCUUUUAUUACACCUUCGAAAAGUGUAAAUACUUUUACUUCCUCUAAUAGAAACGUGGGUAGCUCAAUAGUUGCAAUUUCCAAAUGUUCAACUCAUGUGAAUAUGUUUAUUCCAUUAUUCUUUGUAUUCAUUGCAAUAUUAUUAAUAUUUUAA